ACCCCAUGGACCUCGUCUUUAGUUCCUCUCCAGGCUAGACACGCACUUUCUAGCCAUAAACUUAAUUGAACUUGACUUAAUAUAGUAUAAUAUUAUUUAUAAUAUUACAGUACAAUACAAAUAUGUUUUUUGAACCUAUUAAAAUUAAUUUAACCUCGUAGAAGCAGGUGGUUCAUUCUGUACCUCUCACCGUAAGAAACUAAUGAUCACAGCAGUGAAACACGUUGUUUGUCAGCAAGUGUAAUUACUAAUUCUUCAUUAGCUUUUAAUUAUAUUACAGUACUUGUUAGCUAUAUUAUGGAGGUGGCUAAUUCAGUAAAUAUUUGUCAAGUGUGUACAGAAGCUACUUCGAAGUAUAAAUGUCCAAAAUGUAGAUUAAAAUACUGCAGCGUAGCAUGUUACAAGGUCCAUUCUCAAGAUGAGUGUCGUGUCUCUCCACCUGAGCCCAGUGUUGUAAUAGAGUUUGAUACUAAAGGCAAUAUAUCAUCUCAGAGAGUUCUCUUCCCUACUGAUGAUACAGUUAUGCCUCAAACGUUGGAAAAACUACGUGAUUCCAGAAUCCUUAAAACCCUACUGAAGAAUCCCCAUUUAAGGGAUGUGAUAAAAGAGGUGGACAGUGCACGCAAUACUGAUGCUGUCAUCCAGAGAGCCAUGAUGGAACCCAUCUUCACAGAAUUUGCCGAUGUUUGCCUGAGCCUUACAGAACCAGCAGAGGAGGAUGUAGAUCUUGAGUCAGGCGAUGAUGCUUAGAGGUACUGUACGAUUUAUUAAUGAUAAAUGUUCACUUUUGUUAGAUAUAAUUUCUAUACUGUACAAUAGUUCUUUUUUGUAAUUGUUCACCAUUGACUGUCAUUCUAAGGUCAUGUUCUGAUAGUUAGCAGUUGAUGAGUUUCAAUACAGUACCUACGAUCAAAAUAUACAGUACAUCCCAAGAAUUUAUUAGGCAUUUUACUUGUAGACUGAUAUAUUUUUAGUAUCAAUCCCCUGGGCUGAGCUGAGGUACAGUAAUACUUACAGAUGUGUGCAGUUCCAUAAGUCCAGAAUUUGUGUAACUUGAUAUUAGCUAUAGCCACAUAUACAGUAUAGAGUUUAUUACAUUGUCUAGUACACUUGACUUAAUGGUGCUAAUUCCUCAGUACCAAAAAAGUGUCAGAUAAAAAAAUGGGGGAGGGGGAGAGAAAAUUAAAAUGAAAGUUAAGAGGAAGGUUGAGGAGGGUGAGCCUAGAACCCCUCACCAUUUUUAAAUAUUUCCUACCACCUACAUUCCUCACAUAAUUUUUUCAUCUUUCACUUUAUUGUUCUUCAUUCCUUCAUAUCACAAACAGGAUACCUCUGCCUUUCUCUCAUCUGUGACAUUCAGUAGUUGCACAAAAUAUUCUGUUUCUCAUCUACCCGCUCAUUUGUCUUCAACUGUCAUAAUCAUUUGUUCUCGGUUUUUUUUUUUUUUUAGUACUGUCUCUUCCAUAAACGUAUGAUAGUAUAAUCCCGAAUGACAGUAAGGCUUUAUAAAACCUAUGUAAAGUCCAAAAUAAACUACAAUAAACUUACACAAAAGUAAAUAAACCAAUACAGUACUGUAUAUGUCUUGUCUUGUGGAAAAAAAACAACACUUACUUAUUCUUAGGAGGCUGCAGCCAUCAGGAACUAGAGAGGAGGAGUAUACCUGAAGGUUUUGCAAUGUGUGUUAUAGUAACUUUCAGAAUACACAAAGCACGGUUUCAUAAUCACAACUCUGAAAUCCGACCACUCACUUAAUAGACUUCCCAUAAAAAGUACAUGAAUAUGAAUAGCAGCAGAGACUUGAUUGUUAUCAUUGUUUGAAUAUUCAAAUAAUAUUUCAGAAUUUUUUUUAAUCAACUUCACAACACCCAAAGGACUGUUUUAUGAUCAAAACACUAAAAUUUGAGAGUGCAGCGAGGCACUGAGUGUAAUGGGAGAUUUUUUUUAAAGGACAAGUUGCCUGCUGAGAGAACUGAAAUUAUAUCUUCUAUGCACUGCCCAGCCUAAUUCACUAAACAGUAAUUAGAAACUACAUUGGGAGUGAAGGCCCCGCCAUAUGACGCUCUUUGGAUGCAAACUUAAUUUAUGGCAAAUAUUUUAAUUUCUAUGACACAUUUCAGCCACUGAUCAAAUUUGAUAAAACCAGCUUGACUAGCCUUACACCUCCUUACCAUUCAUUUGCUGCUAUCCUUUUACCAUUUUCUUUCUUAUCUGUCUGUACUUCCUCCUUUAUACAGGUACAGUAUUUGAUAGGAUAGAAUGAAUAGGCAAAAUGGGUGUGUGUAAACUUAUCACCAGAAAUAACUUAUGAAAUUGCACUAAAAUUUCUGGAAUGUUAAUUGCAUGAUACUAAGUAAGAAAAUGGAAACAACAAUGCACAGAACCUGAUCUACCCUAACCUUAACUAAAUUCCUCCCUGGACCCCCCAGCCAUAUAAAGUUGCUAAUCAGGGACUCCCAUAACAGGAAAAGAAGCGUACUUUACCUUAAAAUGAAGGUAGAUCAAAUGCAGUAAUGGCUUCCGACUGUUACUCCUAAACAUGUAUUUUUCCUUUAAUGUUACUUCCACAUCUCAUUUUGGAUACUUGUACAGCCUUCCAAGAUGUCCUUGAUCACGUAUUAAGUUUUUAAUACGAUUUUGAUCCCCAAGAAGCACAGAUGGCUUGGGAUAACUUAGAUUAUCCAGAAGAUGCCAUUAUUGCAUUUAUAUGGCAAUGCGUUUCUGAUUCUCCUUGUGGAAAAACAACAACAGUAGGAACACACAGCUGACUUAGAAUCCAAUCCUAUAAAAUAAAAAAUAAAAGAAAAUCAAUCCAUUAAUUUUAUGUUACAGUAUUACAAACCCCACAUCAGAUCAUCCUCCAUCGUUUCUUGUACAUGUUGACAAAAUCGGAUUCACUUCCUUAUAUCUUGAGAGUAGCAGGACGAUAGUUGCCAAUGGAGAUGUGAUGCUGCCACUUUUUCGGUAAAUAAAUUAUUUCUUCACAUACAAAGCACU